AUGCCGGAUGUUGUUAACAAUGGUAACCAGUCGAACCACAAAUACAAGCCCACGCCCGCACCGCGCACCAGCAGCUCCGCAUUCGCCACGAGACGCAGCAGCCACAAGAUGCAGCAGCCCGGCAGCAGCUACUACACGCAAACGGAGAGCGAAUUGCUGCAGCUCGAGGCUGGCGGUGGCAGCAGCAGCGGGACGCCGUCGCACUUUGUGUCGCCGCUGCAGAGACGCCACUGCCAGCCGCCCAACCAUCUGCCACUGAACUCGGUGGUGGCCACGCCGCUGCGCACCGCCAGCUACAAGACGGCGGCCACGGCCAGUGUCUAUCAUCAUAGCCACCAUCAGCAGCUCGAUUUUCAGCGCAACUCACAGUCGGACGAUGACAGCGGCUGUGCGCUCGAGGAGUACACCUGGGUGCCGCCGGGUCUGCGGCCAGAUCAGGUUCGCUUGUACUUUAGCCAACUGCCGGACGACAAAGUGCCCUACGUCAACAGUCCCGGGGAAAAGUAUCGCGUGAAACAAUUGCUGCACCAGCUGCCGCCCCAAGAUAACGAAGUGCGCUAUUGCCACUCGCUGAGCGACGAGGAGCGCAAGGAGCUGCGCAUCUUUUCGGCGCAGCGCAAGCGGGAGGCGCUCGGACGUGGCGCGGUGCGUCUGCUGUCCGACGAAAGGCCCUGCAAGGGGUGCGAGGAGCAGCUCUCCGGCGGUGACAUUGUGGUCUUUGCCCAGCGCCUGGGCGCCCAGUUGUGCUGGCAUCCCGGCUGCUUUGUGUGCAGCGUAUGCAAGGAGCUGCUCAUGGACUUGAUAUACUUUCAGCGCGAUGGCAAUCUCUACUGUGGCCGCCAUCAUGCCGAGACACAGAAACCGCGCUGCUCCGCUUGCGAUGAGAUCAUCUUCUCGGAUGAGUGCACGGAGGCCGAAGGUCGCACCUGGCACAUGAAACACUUCGCCUGCCAGGAGUGUGAGCAUCAGCUGGGCGGCCAGCGCUAUAUUAUGCGGGAGGGCAAGCCGUAUUGCCUGGGCUGUUUUGACACCAUGUUCGCCGAGUACUGUGAUUACUGCGGCGAGGUCAUUGGCGUCGACCAGGGCCAGAUGAGCCACGACGGGCAGCACUGGCAUGCAACGGAUCAGUGCUUCUCGUGCUGCACCUGCCGCUGCUCGCUGUUGGGACGUCCGUUUCUGCCGCGACGCGGCACCAUCUACUGCUCCAUUGCAUGCAGCAAGGGUGAGCCACCAACGCCGUCGGACACGAGCUCUGGCCCACAGUUGCGGCCCACGCAUCGCGCCUCCACUUCCAGUCAAAUAGCGCGCUCGCCGCGGCGCACAGCCGAGUCGACGGGGCGUGGCAAGAGCAGCAGCAGCGGGGGCGGCAGUCAUGGACAUGUGGGCAAGAGCGCAGGCAGCGCGGGUGAUCUGCUGGAGCGGCAGGAGCGCAAGCGUAUGGAGGCAGCAGGCGUGGCCGAUUUGCUGCUGGGCGGCUGUGUGCCCGGCAUGCCACGACCCGCCCAUCCGCCGCCCAUAGACCUGACCGAGCUGGGCAUCAGCCUGGACAACAUCUGUGCCGGCGACAAGUCCAUCUUUGGCGACACGCAAUUGACCUCCUCCAUGCCGGACAUGCUGCUUUCCAAGGCGGAGGAUUCGCACAGCUAUCAGAGCAUAGACAAGAUCAAUCUGAACUCGCCCAGCAACUCGGACAUGACGCAGAGCACCCAGGAGCUGGGCAACGAACUUGAGCUGGACAAUGAGUCUGUGCGUGAGCUGGAGCUGCCGCACGACGGCUACGAGCAGCUCUUUGCCGCCAAGCAGCGCAGCAAUCUGGACGAGAAGGAGGAGCAGCUGCAGCAGCAGCAUCAUCAAUUGGACAAUCGGCCGCCGCUGAAGGAGGUGCGCUUCCACAGUGUGCAGGACACCAUGUCGCGCUCCAAGAGCUACACGGAUAACUCGAAUGCGCGGCGUCGCCGCCGGCGGCGCAAUCAAUCACGCAGCUCCUCCGAGAUGCAGAUCAAUCAGACGAAUCUGCGACUGCACAAUGCCCAGACGCAGGCGGGCGGCGGCGCACUGAAUCUGCUAAACAAUCUGGACAAUUGCGAUGUGGCCAGCAUCUGUUCCACAUGUUCCUCCAGCUCCUCCAGCGACAUGGACGACUACGUUUACAGGCUGCCCGCGCGCAAGCACUACGGCGGCGUGCGUGUCGCCUAUGUGCCCAAUGAUGCACUCGCCUACGAGCGCAAGAAGAAGCUGGCCCAGGCGGGCGAUGCCAACGCGCUGGGCAACUCCUCCGCGGGCAGCUGCUUGGGCGGCGCCCAGUCAAGCUUGCCGGCGAUCAUGCACGAGAGCAAGAAUUGCACGAUAUCAUGACCACCUCCGAUGCUGCCGCCGCCGCCGCUGAAUCUCAGCAGCUAUUACAUACUGGACACCAUACUCGAGGAGCAGAGCCUCAGUCUGUUGCCCGAAAAGAAACCCGGCUGCCUGAGGCGUGUCUGGAACUUCUUUGGCCUGGGCAAGCCACGUCCGGGCAAUGCACAGCGUCUAUAUAGCGUUUAAAACUGGAUAUCGGGGCUUUUGUAAAUGGACAUAUCGAUAAAUACUAUAUAAUAUGCAGAAAGUAAUACAAUAUAUAUUAACUAAGGAUUGGUGGACAUUUAGAUUAGCUGUAAAGUGAGCUGGUAAGAAAAACACACACAUAUUUUCAUUUUCUUUCAUUUUCCUUCCUGUAUAUUACAUUUAUCCAUGCUGUCCGCAUACAACACGUAUUAUUUCACAUACUUCAGCUCACAAAGUAUUCCAAACUACAUACAUAUAGUAUAUGCAUAUAGGGUACACAAUGGAGAUGAUGAGAGACACCCUCCCUCCCUCUCUCUCGCUCACUCUGUUUUUUAUCUACAACUUUGUACAAAGCUAAAAAGUAUAUCAAGCAUUUACACACAUAUUAAAGGUAUAUACUUCCAUAUAUUAUAGUAUAUAGUAUAUAGUAUAGAUAAGUCGAAGCUAAGAAUCUGCCAGAAACAAAAGAUAGUAAAAUAAAACGCAAUCAACGAACAAUAAACUGUUAAAUAAAGCAACUGCCAACAAAAGAAUUUUUGAAUAAAAUAAUUAAUAAUGUAAAAAAAAAAAAAAAACAAAACAACGAAAGAAGAGCGAAAGUUUUCGCCUAGCAAAUGUGCAAUAACUAAAGUUAUAAAAAAAACUCCCCCCGCUCCGAAUCUCUAUAUACACAAUUCUUUACAUGCAUA